AAAAAUGCAGAAACAUUAAACGUGUCAUGAUCCUGCACCUGUUCUCCAUCCCAGUGGACAUAAUGUGCAUGAUGUCAUCAGCGUGCGCCACUCCCUCUGAAAUGUCCUACUGUAUUACAGAAUACUAACCGCUUCAGGGAUCACAGUUUGUCUGUCAGCCAGCAGCAGUGAGGGAAGCUGCACAUGCAGGGCAGGCAGCCUGAGAGCUGACAGGGCCUGGUGGGGCUAUGCGCUUUAGGAGCUCGAUGGCUACCUCCAGGUCAGAGUUCCGACUCAUGCGGCCCCCUCUGUCUGCUUAAUUAGAUCAGAUGCUUGUGAACACCAGCACAGUCUCAGUCGGAACACUCUGGGUCUCCCUCCGCGGCCUGUUGGGGGGGGGUGUUCCACGAAAGGCGUGUACCAAGUACCCCAGGGGGCCGGCGUCUACCAAGUACCCCAGGGGGCCGGCGUCUACCAAGUACCCCAGGUGGCCGGCGUCUACCAAGUACCCCAGGUGGCCGGCGUCUACCAAGUACCCCAGGUGGCCGGCGUCUACCAAGUACCCCAGGUGGCCGACGUCUACCAAGUACCCCAGGUGGCCGGCGUCUACCAAGUACCCCAGGAGGCCUGAGGGCCUUGGGAGUUAAUGCUCGCUGUAUGUGUAAAGGGCCCCAGGGGCCCAGGUGGUCAGCAUGAGCUCUAUCUGCAGGGGCCCUCAUGGUUAAUUUGCCCUGCUGGUCUGGUCCAUGACCCAGGCAAGGCUCCAGGGGGCACUAUCUUUAGUUUUGUCUGUAUUCUAUAUAAAUAACAUCAAAUGUUAACCCUCAUA